AUGCGUACGCGCGUGGAUCGUUCCGUUGACGUCUACAUUGCCCUGCACCCGUGCGUCGCAGAUGGUUUGGAGGAAACAACCGGCAGCGCGUGUUGUGCCAGUGAUAGGGCGCAAGAGGAAGUCCCUGGAGGCAUGACUCACGGCAACAGGAUGCCGUGCAUAGUACUGCCUUCUUCUUUGCAACUUCAGGGAAGCGGAACACAUAUCCUGUUUCACAAUGGCUGUAUUGGACAUCGGUCCAUCGCGGCGUCGCUGGGUGGCGCGGCGUGGGACGAGUUACGGCGGAGUGGCACUGUUUGGUUUCUCUCCUGCGUUCCCCCCAAUCUUUCUGCAGAGGGUGAACGUGAGGCCUUGGGUGGACUGGGCGGCGUGGAGGCAGCCAUGCUGGAUGACUUGACAGGACGGGUGCUACAAGUUGCCUCCGCGCCCCUGACAGUGUCGUUAAUACAGUGGAGGGAGGGAGGGGCUGUGUCCCAUGCGGCGGACGCAGAUGAACCGCCCUGGCGCCACUCGAGUCAAAGCAGCGGCCACUUUGCAGAUAAGCGUGCGGUGGUGGAAUUUGUGAAGGAGGGCGUAAUGGAAAAGGAACGAGAAACAGCAACGUUUUGCUUUCAUUUGGUAAGCAUUACAUUUUUUGAUCCCAAGUCUGCACGCACCUGUGAGAUUGUGCUGGCGGGUGUAAAAGCGUCUUUUGAGGCCUUGUCCACAGCCACCUCCCGAGCCCUCGUCGCGGUGCGCUGUUGCUUCGCGAAUGCGGCUUCCACCUCUCUGGGAGAAGCACAGCCCCACGGCCCCAGCAGUAAUUUUCUUUCCGAGCCCAACGCAUGGGUUUCACAAAUUUUACCAAAAGAAAUUGUUCGUUUUCUUGUCGCACGACGCUCUUCCUCCAAGGAGGGAGAGGGAGAGGCAGUGGGGGCGGCGGCGCGCGAAGAAGGGGCUGGUCACGUGGGUUUGCCGCCAGUACGAGUGGUGUACGCCGUUCUGGAGGUGGAUGAGAAGGCGCUUCUCCACCGGGAAAAGGGGGCGCGCGCCGACCACAGUGCAUUCGUGCCAAUCCUGCGAUAUCUCUUCUUUUGGUGCCCGCUGGGGGCUCUCGUGGUGGGUGAUGACGUUGAUGGGGGUUGUGACGGCGCCGACCGUCGUGACAACAACGCCGGGACCGGCACCCAAGGUGAGACACACGGCAUGGAUACACCGCAAAGACCCGCUCAUGAGGCAGGCAAGUCGAAAGGGUGGCUACAGCAGCUGCUGAUCGAUCCCUUGAUUUUUUCCCGGCUAACGGAGGACUGUCGUGAUGGAAGUAGCGAGAUGAUCUGCUCCAAGGGGCGCCUUCUCGCUGCUCUUGAGUACUCGCACCAUGUAGCAAACUGGGCGAGGGAGAAGGGGCUGCAGCGACGGGUGCGACGUCUUAUUUCGUCUGCAACGCAUCCAAGUACAUCUGUCGUCGAUGUGCUGAGUUUUUUUAGCGCGGAAAGUGACGCAGUUACGUGGUGUCAGCGGCUUGAGUGGCAGUAUUACACCAUGCUUGGGGAUCUUUUUGCGGCGGACGCGACUCCGUCAAGGUGUCUUCUCGCAAUUGCGCACCAGCAGCAUCGUGAAGCUUCCGUUCAGUGUCCAGAAGUACCGGAAACACUGGACAGAGAAAGCGAAAGAGAAAGGAUGCCAUUGUGGCAUGAAAAGUGUCGUGAAGGCCCUCUGGAGCCUCCUUCAGCGGCUAUUACCAGCAUGGAGCCCCGUGUAUUAUCUUUGCCGUCUGAGGAGUCAAGUUCGCCGGGGGCCGAUUUGCUAACACACGGACGAAGGCUGCCGUCGUUGUUAGUGUCUUCUCGCGAUCUGCCGCACCGCUUGAGUGAAGCUGAGGCCGUUCGAAGACUUCUGAUUAAGCUCCGUGCUGCAGAGUCCAUGGAGUCCAUACUGGUUUCUCUUGCGGCUCAGUGGCAAAGUUGUUGCGCGAAACAAAUGAAUUCCCCCGGAACACUGCAGCUCACUAAGGGGGAGGACGAGGACGAGGAGGUAGAAGAGGCAGGGCAGCAUGGUUCACUUGGACGUCACGGCGAACUCUAUGCUCAGUUGGAGUUGCUACAAGGAUAUGCCAAUGUGCUGGAGGACGUCUUCUUCUCCUUUCUGCUGGACAAUGUCGAAGAAAAGUUCGCAUGCUUUAUGGCAGCUGCCGCUGCUCAGACGCGCGAAACCAAAAUGCCCGCGAUCUCUGCUUCCCCCUCCAACCUCAUGGAUACUGCCGUGCAGGCGACCGUGCCACCUAAUGAACAGCCGUCGAAGCUCAUGGGUGUCAACUUCCCCGGUUCGGAGCCAUACAUUCCUUUGGCAAAUGAAGAGUCGCGUCAGCCGUUAUCGGCUGAGGUGUCAUCGACGACGAUGUCAGUCUGCCCGUUCGAGGACGGAGGCUUUGCCGUGCAGCGGCGACCUAGCGAGGAUGGUGAUGCACCACCGACGAUGGAGGAAGACACCCUGAGUGAGUCAUUUCCUCGUACUGCAGAAGCAGCAGCGAACGACCGCGGCGCAGAUGGUAGUACCGUUUUGAGGGAUGACUGUCGGGCGCCGAUGACAGGGAGGGGGACGGUGAUCUCCUCUUGCCUGGAUCGUGGCUGCCCCAACGAAGACAAGCCGAAUAGGAUUUUAGCUCGGCAUCGUCAUCGGCUCUGUCGAGCCCACGCACGCGGUUCCGUGCAGGAUCCGCUCUAUCGGCGACUACUCUCUACGGGAGGCGUCAAUAAUGUUGCGGACGGUCGAGUUACGCGCAACGGGCCAAUACCCGCCCUAAGUUUUUCUGCUAUUACGGAGGAGAGCGCAGGUUGGUCCGAAACGCGGGACCUCGAUGACUUCAGGAAGCUGUUGGCGUACAGUAUUUACGUGGUGGGGGCGGCAGGCUCUGGAAAAACGAGUUUGAUAUGCGCACUGUUGCGUGAGGCGUCCCCGGUCGCCCCUUCUCCAACGCUGGAGUUGCACACAAUGAAGAUUCGGCGGACAUCAACCGUUGUUGAGGUGCCCCUUCCGAGGGACCCGCUGCCUCUGGGUGGCCACCGCAAUGCUACGGCGUCCAACCUGCGGCGGUGGCUGGCCGCUGGUGAUGAGGGAGACACGGCGCCUUCUCGGGUUGGCGUGAACCUUGUGGAGUUGCCGAGUCCUUUUUUACUUGCGGCAAGCAUGGGACGCGUGAAGCUGCCAAGCCGAGGGGUUGUGUAUUACGUUACCUAUCGUCUGCGGGAGGACUGGGAACUGGCGCAGGAAGCGAUAUGGCGGCAUGUGCUUACGCUGCAGCACGCUGUGGCGAUGCCAAGUUUACAUGUUGCCCGUGUGCGGAGAGGCGACGCGGACAGCGCGGCGGCAGACUCAGGUGGGGAGGCGUUGUAUUUGCCGGUGGUGUUGGUCGGCACCCACGCAGAUCCCUUCUCCGACGCCCUUUUUACGGAACAGUCUGCGGCGGCGCAAGAGCACUUGGAUCGCCUUCGGCGGUGGUUCGAGCAACGGGUUGGGCAGCAGCAGACAUCAGCCGAAAAGAAAAAUCUCCUGCCGCGGCCGCUACUAGUCGAUUGCUGCCUCACAAACACGUCCAACUUCCUAUUUCUCUCUGAAAACUCGAAGCACAAGGCGGCGUUUCAGACGCUUUUUCAUAGAACGCUGAGUUUUCUUCACCACACUGCGCCAUUGAGUCCAUGGCACCUCUUGGCACGGUGGCUUCCCCAGCGCCUGCUCUUCCCACGUGGAACUUCUCUUGAGGCGGUCAGUGUAGCCGCCGAGGCGACGAAGUUGGCAGGGGGGGACGUGCGUGUGAUGGCGAAUGGGACGCUUGAUGGGUUUUGGGAGUGUCAACGCCACCGUGGUGAAGCUGCCGCGGCGAUGGAAAACCAGCACCGCGAAGAAGCCCACGACGAUGGCGGGGCGCGCCAGAUCCCUCUCACUCGCCCCAUCUCCCCGCAUACACUAGGGUUGUGGUGGUGCCGUAGUUCAGCGGGGCUCCUCGUUCUCUUUACCGCCCUCCAACGGCUACGGCAAUUUGUUUCUUGCUGCUUUGACGAGCAAUCCUUGGAUAACGCGGUGCUGUACCACCUGGGCUUUGUCCGUCCAGAUGACCCCGAUGAAGCGGAAGCGGGUGAUGCGAAGGAGCGCUUCCUGUCUGAGAGGGAUGUGUUUCUGGAGGCGCUACUGGAAGAGUGUCGGCUUCGCGGCGUGCUCUGGUUCCUUUCCUGCCCUCCAUCUCAGUUCCUGCAGGAGAGUGAGUGCGGGAGUGAAGUGCGUUGUGCUCACCACCCACCGUCCUUCUCGGGGCCGCCGCCGCCGCCGCCGCCUCAGCAGCUGCGCAUGGUGCUUAUUGGUCCAGAGUGGGUGGAGAACAUCUGGUCCAAAACGUUGGCGCCGCAAAUGGUGGUGCACCACACCACGUCUCUUUUACGCGCUUCUGACAGCAUCCUAACGGAUGCCUUGAGUACUGUCUGUGGGUAUUGCGAGGAACAGCUGGGCGUCGCAUUUACCGCAGCAUACUUUGCGGCAGUGUGGCCGCAUUUGUCGCAGCCUUUGCCGACGGCCGCUGCAGAGGCCUCUGCUGGCACUGUGGACGAGAUGUGUGAAACUUUCUAUCAGUACCUCACACGAGGCUCUGUUUCGCUGGCGCUGCUGCACUUAUUAUGGGGUCCACCGUAUAACACUCUUGCCAAGAAUGAAUUGAGUGCUGGAAUGGCUCUUGUGGGGAGUGGAUUGGCAGUCAGAAAGGCGAGGAAUGAACGCGGGGAACCAAAUCCUGGUGCUCAAAGUUGGCUCAUGCAGUUGCAUCUGCCAUGCGCUGUGGUGUCGGCCGGCAGUUUGUUAGGUGCACAUGGAGACGAAAACUAA